UGUAAUGUGCACCGCGCCCUGGAGACUCAGGUAUCCGCAGGGCUGCGCUCCAUCGCUUCCUUGUUUGGACGCGUAUAGCGGGCGGCGCUUUGGGUGUGGAUCUAUAAAUCUAGCGGAUCACUGCAGUCUGACGAGAGUCUAACGGUCCUCUGCUUCAACUCAGCUCACAAACAUCAGGAAACAUGAACAAAAUCUUUCUCGGAAUCUUUGCAGUUGCGCUUUAUUUCGCAGUGGGUCAGGCGCUGCAGUGUUAUGAGUGUAAACUGGGUUUCUGGAAACUUUGCUUUACAACCAAAAAGACGUGUGAGGCUGGUGAGCACUGCUAUAGCGGGGUAGGGAAAGCUGCUGGAUUAGUGGAUAUUAAGAAAAAAGGAUGUCUUGAAGUGUCCAAAUGCAACAAAACUGAACAGGUGAAUUUCCCGUCCAACUCAAGCACCCAGGUAUACCAGAUGACGAAGACGUGCUGCUCUGCUGACCUGUGUAACUCAGCUCCGGGUCACUUUCACGUGUCUGCCGUCAGCAUGGCCUUCGCUGCCAUCAGCUCUGUGUUCACGCUCAAAUUCCUCAUCUGAGGAGGAUUAUUUCAGCUCACACACAAUAUAUAUAUACACAACAUCUCUGAGCAAAUCAUGCAUACUAAACAAGCCAAAUUAAUUUGUUGCAAAACAAUUUAUGGAAUGAUUACUCAAAAGGUCACACACUGGAAUAUGAAAAGUUUUCAGUAAAUUGCCAAGUAGUGAUAAGUUCAACAUACCAUCAUUUUAACAUUUCUCUACAUAGAAACAUAGCAGGAAUUCAUUUAAUGUCAGCAAUGAAAACCAUUCUGGCUAUAGAUAAGCACUUCACCCAACUAACAUUCAUUAAAACCAGCAAUAUACAGUUAGGUUGUUUACAUACAAUUACACAUACACACAUAUAUGUCAGCAUGCAAUCAAACAGAUUGUUUUACCUUUCUUUAGGGGUGUUUGAAUGAUACCCUUAAUAAUUAUAAUAAUAAUAACAAUAAUACCCUAAAUAAACUUUUUUUUGAUA